AUGUCGGACUAUGUGCGAGAGAGCGGCAGUAUCGAAGCGGGCAGGGAACAGCCCGACUUUUCAUAUCCCUGGGCAGCGGCCCCCGACAUCAUUCGAUCCCACCAGAAGGACGCCUACUUCCAAUCCGUCCUUCUGGGGCGACUCGAGGCCGUCAUCAGGUCGCUAUAUGGCUCACGAACGGCGCAUAACUGGACGGCCGAAGCUCGAACAUUCACGGAACUGCUCUACUUGAGCCUCACGACUUUCGUCGGAAACCGGACCUUGGGCGAGGAGUACACGGAUGUGGUGCAAGUCGAACACGAUACACAUCGCCUUCCUUCUUUAUUUCGCCGGUCGGGCUACAUCUUGUCGAGCGUCAUCUUGCCGUACGCCUUGACACGCUUCCUCCCCGCCUUCCGAAGACGGCUCCGCGCAAAGCUGGAAUCGACCUUGCGCAAGGAGCACACUCGCCGGAGGUCCUCUCCAUCGCUCAGCAAACAGCCGGCAAGCAAAACAUUCCACCUCCAAGAGUACAUCCUCAAACAUCUCGACGCCAUCACCUCGCCAUCCGCCGCAUAUGCCUUGAGUCUCGCGGUCUUUUACUUCAGCGGGGCCUACUACUCCCUCAGCAAACGCGCCUUUGGCCUUCGUUACGUCUUCACUCGCAAACUCACCGACAGCGAUCAGCGUGUGGGUUAUGAAGUCCUUGGCAUCCUGCUUGCUCUCCAAAUGGCCGUGCAAGGAUACCUGCACGUCCAAGACACCUGGCGCAACGUGCAGACCACCAAUCUUCCAUCCAACGCCGCUGGAUUAGCCGGAGGAAGCGCAGUAAUCGAUGGUGGGGUCGAGAUAGACACGGAUGCAACCAUCUCCGCCCCAUUGCUGUUCGAGACACACCACGGCACCGACCCUGCCGCACAACAGGCGCACAUCUCCAAGAUCACGAAUACACCCCAGCCGCGACCACACCGCUACGAUCUUCAUGACGAGCAAGUCAUGCAGUGGAUUGAUGGGAAGCAGCAGCGCAAAUGUACGCUCUGCCUGGAGCCGAUGAAGGAUCCAUCGGUCACGACGUGCGGACACGUCUUCUGCUGGACCUGCGUCACCGACUGGUUGAGAGAGCAGCCCAUGUGUCCGCUGUGCAGACAAAGUGCUCUUGUGCAGCACGUCCUUCCUCUGCGAGGCUGA